AUGCGUGUGCUAUUCGCGCUGCCCGUAUGGCUCGCGCCAGCUUGGGCGAUUUGGAACCCCAUCAUCUCGGGUUUCAACCCUGAUCCUGCGAUUCUCCGUGUGGGGGAUGAUUAUUACAUCGCCACUUCCUCGUUUGAGUAUUGGCCUGGAAUCCCGAUAUAUCACAGCAAAGACUUGUCGAACUGGACGCUCGUUUCACACGCCUUGACGAGGCCGGAGCAGCUUCAACUCUACGGCGUCCCAACCGGAGCUGGCGCCUGGGCCCCAAGCCUAACCCACUUCCACGGCAAAUUCUACCUCUCCGGCAUGACACGCUGGACCUACGACCCCACAGCCCGCGUCUGGCCGCGCGUAUGGUUCAUCUCCUCCCCCGAUCUUGUGAGUUGGUCCGACCCCGUGUGGGCGGAGCCGUGGGGCAUCGAUCCGGAGUUAUUUCAUGAUCCAGCGACGGGGAGGACGUAUUUGAAUCUGAUGGCGCCAAAUAAUAACAAAGAGAGGCUUUGGGGGAUUGCGCAGUGUGAGGUUUCAGUUUCGAGUGGAAACUGUGUGCGGGAGGGGUAUAAGAGUCUUUGGAAUGGGACGUUGGAGAGGAAUGCGACGGCUAGGCCUGAGGGGCCAAAGAUGUUUUUGAGGAGGGGGUGGUAUUACUUGCUUAUUGCUGAGGGCGGCACCGAUGAAUUGCAUCGCGCCUCGAUUGCGAGAAGCAAGUCGCCGUCUGGGCCGUUUGAGCCCUGCCCGCAUAAUCCCCUCAUGUAUAACGGACAAGGGGGGGCCAAGAAUUUAACUGUGCAGUCGACGGGGCACGCGACGUUUGUGGAGGCUGCUGAUGGGAAGUGGUUUGCUUCGUUUAUUGCGAGGCGGAAUGUGAAUGGGAGCUCGCCUCUUGGCCGCGAGACGUUCCUAGCGGCAGUAACAUGGGAAAACGACUGGCCCAUCAUUAACAACGGCAACCCCAUUCUCCUAAGCGAAGAAGUAGGCCCCAAGACGGGACCCAAGAACACGCCCGCCGCUUGGAUGGACGACUUCUCCGGAAAAGAGCUAGAUCCAUCAUGGUACCAGCUCCGAACGCCGUACGUCAAGUCGUACGAUAUCUACAACGGGCGUCUAGCUUUCAAGCCCAACGUCUUUGGUCUAAGUGACCGGGAUCACCCCGCGGCGGUACUGCGGAAGCAGACGUCGCUGAACAUGACAUUUUCUGCGGAGCUGCUUGGAUUUGAGGGGCUUUUGGGGCAGAGGAUGAGGGUUGGGGUGGCGAGUUAUUUGAGUGAGUUUCAGCAUCAGGAUGUUGGUGUUAAGGGGUGUGAUGGUGUUGGCGGGGUUUGUUUGUUUACGGAGGUUAGGAGGAACGGGACUGUUGAUUACUGGCAACGGCCUCUCAACUCGUCGUCUCUGCUCAAGGGCGGGUUCAAGUUCCAUAUUCGGGCCGAACCAUUGGCAUAUCACCUGGGAUACAGCUUUGGCAAUGACGAACCGACGUAUGUCACAGAGAUUGAGUCAAAAUGGCAGGCUUUCGCGCCAACGGCAUUCUAUGUGUUCACUGGCGCGUCUUUUGCGUUGUUUGCUACCGGGGAAGGUGAGCCGUGGCCCGUUGAUGGGCCGAAAGUUGGGUUCACGAGAGUUGAGGAGAGGUAUUACGAGGAAGAGAUUGGAGAUUAUGAUCGCUGGUGA